UCGGUAGAAUUAAUUGCUGAUUAAGUGAUUACAUUAAUCAGAGUUUAGUCGCCACUUCAAUGAUUAUCAAACGGCAGAAAUGCUCGGAGCAAAAUUUGUAAUCAAAAUAAUUCGCUGCGUUAACAAAACAAGUAGAUUGCUUGACAAGUUAACCGCCGUUUAAGCUAAUCGGAGUUUAAUCGAGGUCGUUCGGUAUAUAACAGGUGAACCCUGGCCGCCGGCCUCGCAAAUCGCAAUGCCAUCUGGUACCGUCACGUGCCACGGUCCAUGGCGCAGCGGUCGCGCGAGCUGCCACGUAAUGUUGUGCGUGCCGUUCGUUCGUUCGUUCGUGAAUCGCUGCUAUUAAUUUACAUCCUGUGGGUGCUGCGUGGAGGCGAACGGCAACGAGGGCGAUGCGCGAGCCUGCGUCUAUCCGUUUCUAAACUUUCGGCGAUUCACGUCAUCACGAACAUAUGAUCCAUGAUCACGAAGAUUACGCAGUGAUUGUUAAAGUAACAAAAUGUCACAGUCAAGCGGUUACCAGUAUCCACUGUACGCAGAGUCCAACAAUCCCUUGAAGAACGAACCACCUCCCAUAGUAAAUGGUCAAAAUCCUGCAUCUCAGCAGAAUGGAAUGCAGUCUUCUCAGUUCAAUUUAACCGGCACGUCGUCGUCGCAGUCGUCGCGUGACCCGUCCAGGGAGACCUCCAGAGAUCCGUCACCAACUCAAUAUCUUCACAACCAAUAUCGGCCUCAGUUGCCACGACCGCCAAUGCCACCAAUAAACGGACCUCAGAACUCCAAUGUGUUACCUCCACCACCUAGAACGUCACAACCAUAUAGUCCUGCAAAUCUAUAUAGUGCCCAUAACCAGUAUGUCGCUACUACUCGUCAGAACGUUGCAGUCAGUACACCUUCAACUGCUUUUGUGUCUCAACCUAGCCAAGAAAUUCAUCGACCAACGAUUCCUUCGAAUCAGAUGCCUCCAGUAGCAAAAAAUCUGACUCCAGUGUCCGCGCCAUCAAUGUUUGCGGAUACUGUUAAACCAGAGCCAGCUAAAAUGAACCAAAGUUAUCAAUGGGCGACUAAUCCUCCACCUACCAACAUUCCGCAGGGUACUAUGGGCGUUCCUGGAAUGUCCAGUAGCAUCGAUAAGACUAGUCCAGUCUCAACAGAUCAAACUGUGGAAAGUCAGACGUCCUUUGCUAGAGUAAAUAAGAUCGUGACAUACGAUCAAGGGCAUCCUACCCCUCCACCCGCAUCCAACGCUAAUCUACCUCCUUCGAACAUUACUCAACAUUUAAAUCAAAACAGUUAUGUACAGCAAGAACCAAUGAGCUCCAGUACACAACCUCCAAGGACUCAGAACGUCCAAGCACAAUCGACAAUUAGUCCUUCCGAAAGCUUAAGUAGUUCGCAACUCAGAUAUGGAACUCAACAGAAUAUAUCCAAUGCAUCGUCAAUGCCAAAUUCUAGCACACAGAAUUUAUUCUAUAGUGCACAAGGCCAUAAUGUAGGUCCACGAAAUCCUCAAGAUUAUAGCACUCAACCUUUGAAACCUCAAAAUUUACUUACUGGUUAUAUGGAUCCCACGGGACUGGGAAGUAUUCCUCCAGGUCAGAAUGUACAUCAAAAUUUAACUGGCCAGAGGAGAUAUCCGCAACAAGACACUGCCAAUACCGCGAUGCUACCGCCUUCAGGAGGUAAUCAGUUACAUGGUGUAAGAUUACCUCCAUCAGGAAUACCUCCUCUUCCGGGACAGCAAACGUAUGAUCCUCGUUCGCAAUAUCCUGGCCCGAUGACAAAUGUUCCAUUAGACUCGUCAAAUAGAAGGUAUCCUAAUAUGUACCCUGACCAAUUAAAUCAAUUAAAUAAUCAGAUGAGCAAUUUGAACGUCACACAAACUGGCUACAACAAAUUAUGGGGGGUGGAGUCGAUAGACCUCUUACAGUGCCGAAAUAUACUGCCGCCUGAAAAAGUCGAACCACCAAAGAUCAAGUUACAUCAGGAAAUGUUAGAUGUCGUAAAUUGUAAUCCUGAGAUAUUCAGGUGUACAUUAACAAGAGUCCCAGAAUCAAAUUCGCUUCUGCAGAAAUCAAGAUUGCCAUUCGGCGUAUUAAUACAUCCUUUUAAGGAUCUAAACCAUUUAGCAGUGAUUCAGUGCAAUACGAUCGUGCGUUGUCGAGCUUGCCGAACAUAUAUCAACCCGUUUGUAUAUUUCGUCGAUUCGAGGAGAUGGAAGUGCAACCUCUGUUUCAGAUUGAACGAACUUCCUGAAGAAUUUCAUUUCGAUCCUGUGACGAAAUCUUACGGCGAUCCAUCGCGACGGCCAGAAGUCAGAACCGGAACGAUAGAGUUUAUUGCACCAAGCGAAUAUAUGGUCCGUCCACCUCAGCCGGCUGUCUAUCUCUUUGUCAUGGAUGUUUCUCGUCUUGCGGUGGAAAGUGGCUAUCUGCAGAUCGUUUGUAACAUUAUUACCGAAGAUCUGUCGCGUCUCCCCGGCGACAGCCGCACUCAAAUCGGUUUUCUCGCCGUUGAUUCUGCUCUGCACUUCUUCAGCAUGCCCGAUAAUGUCUCGCAGCCACACGAAAUGAUUAUGCUGGAUAUCGACGACGUGUUUCUGCCGUGUCCAGAAAACCUAAUUGUAAAUCUAAAGGAACGUGAAGAGCUGAUCCGCGACCUUCUUGCUCAGCUUCCCGUCAAGUUUUGCGGCACCCAUGAUACUAACAGCGCCCUUGGUGCCGGUCUUCAAGCUGCCCUCAAACUCCUUUCCGCUACCGGAGGGCGUGUCACUGUUUUUCAAACGUGUCUGCCUAAUAUCGGUCCAGGGGCACUGCAGCCGAGAGAAGAUCCUAAUACCAGAGUGAAUAAAGAUGUGCCACAUCUCAAUCCUGCAACGGACUUCUAUAAAAGAAUUGCUCUGGAUUGCAGUGGACAACAAAUCGCGAUUGAUCUGUUCUUAUUGAACAGUCAAUACAGCGAUCUGGCAACUUUAUCAUGCGUGUCAAAAUUUACGGGUGGCUGCAUUUACCAUCUGCCACUGUUUCGAGCAUCCAAGUUACAGAAUAUUGAAACUUUGGAAAGAUUACUACAUCGUUAUUUAUCGAGAAAGAUUGGUUUUGAGGCGGUGAUGCGACUUCGCUGUACCCGCGGUCUCAGCAUUCACGCUUUCCAUGGCAGCUUCUUCGUUCGAUCGACCGAUCUGCUCUGCUUGCCAAAUAUUAAUCCGGACGCUGGUUUUGGCAUGCAGAUCUCCAUCGACGAAAAUCUGUCCGAUACACAGACCGUAUGCUUCCAAGCAUCUCUUCUGUACACUUCGAGCAAAGGUGAGCGAAGAAUCAGAGUACACACUCUAUGCCUGCCAGUCGUGGCAAGUCUAACGGAUGUUAUGCAUUCUGCAGAUCAACAAUGCAUAGUCGGCUUAUUAUCAAAAAUGGCUGUCGAUCGAUCCCUUCAAUCAUCUUUGUCGGACGCCAGAGAUGCAUUAAUAAACGUCGCUAUCGACAUCCUAUCCGCAUACAAACUGGCGCAAUCUUCCAGCGGCGGAGGACUUAUUGCUCCAGAAAGUUUAAAACUGUUGCCGUUAUACAUUAUCGCAUUGUUGAAGAGCGUAGCGUUCAGAUCUGGCACGAACACACGUUUGGAUGAUCGCAUAUUCGCUAUGUUCCAACUGAAAACAUUGCCGUUGGCGCAGCUGAUGCAGGUGGUUUAUCCCGAUUUGUAUCCCGUUCACGUGCUCGACGACAAUAAUGCGAAGGACAUUGACGGCAAAGUGUGUCCACAGCCGCCUCGGCUUAAUUUAUCUGCCGAGAAACUCGACAGCCGAGGAGUCUUUCUUAUGGAUGCUGGCGACAGAAUCUUCAUUUAUGUCGGCAAGAACGUCAAUCCAGUUUUCUGUUCUAACGUGUUUGGCACUUCGGGGUUCGCGUCUAUCCCAGAAGAAAUGUACGAAUUACCAGAAUUGGACACAGUAGAAAGCGAACGGUUACGAAACUUUGUGUUUAGCCUACAAGAGGAGAAACCAUACUACGUAUCUGUACAAGUUAUCAGGGACGAUAGCCACUUUAGGACGUUGUUCAUCGAGCGAUUGAUAGAAGAUCGAUUUGAAUCUGCUCUUAGUUACUACGAAUUCUUGCAGCAUCUCAAGACACAGGUGAAGGAGUGACGAAGUUAAGGAAUUCGUAUGUGAGACCAACUCCUGCCCGGGAGGUGUUAAUCAUCGGUUUAUGGAACUAUUAUAAAACAAUCGCGCAGUUGAAAAAUUGCGCAAUCUGUUAUAAUUCAUUAAUCGAUCAUGGGUCAUUCGGGAUAUUUUGGGACAUGUCACGUGAUUCAAGAUCUACUACUUAUAUGCCAUCUACUUAUGCAGCAGUGACAGCCUUAUCGAAAGACACUGACGCAUUUAAACAUGAUAGAUUGUAAUUAUUAAUAUUAUUAUUAUUAUUAUUAUUAAUUAUUUACCAUCGGUAGCCUCAACAUAUGGACUUGCGUUCUCGUUGCGCGUAUCCACUUGGGUUAAGCAAUUUCUUUUCGUCCAGUAAAUAUCUAAUUUUUUUACGAUUUUGUGUUAUACCUAUGACAAUUUUAAUCCAUGAGAUUUAUUUGUUCAGUAGGAAAAUCUUUUUCACAAUAGCGGUAAUUCGUUAAAUAGCAUCAGCAUGAUGGUCACAGUCGUUUUCCUCUAUCCUACAAUUGUUGGAAUCGAUCGUUUCAUUUAUUCUAAGAUUUUCCUCUCUUAAUCUAGUGGCACAUAUGAGUGGAAAUGCCAUUGCUCGCUGCCUUUCACUCGCUCUUAUCUAUUCAUGAUUACGUGGUAUAUAUAAGUAGUGAGAGAGCGACGCAAGAAGAGAGAGAAAAUCUUAGUUUAGAGGAAAACAUUUAAAAUAGAGGAAAUAGACUAUUUUUGAUGAUGUUUGUAUAAUUUCUUUUUUUUUUUGUAACUACGUUUUCGUAUUCCGCAUUCUUUUAAUCUCUGUAUCGGAGUAUCGGUAUUGUCGCAAUACGCAAGUGUUCUUACCUUAAAAAAGAAAUACCAUCUUCAAAAAUAUCCUGAAAAAUAUUAGUUACAAAUAAUUACAUGCAAUAGAAAGGAAAUUAAAUAAGUGCAAUUUUGCAUUUUCAGUAUAAAUAAUAAUAAAUGAAGAUGCUUGCAGAUUGUGGGUGUCGCCAAACAAAGAUGUUUCACGGUGAUAAGCAAUGCGCUCUUGUAAUUUAAUCACCUGCAGGCAAUAAAAUACAAACGGGAAGGGGGUAGUAGAAAAACUCGUGAAAAAUUAUAUUAUCAGUCGCUAUGUCAUUCCUUAAACGGUGACAUGUUGUUAAUUCACAUUGUAAAAUUGGACUUUGUGAUGAGCGAAGUCGUAACGCCAAUUUCUCGAACGGUCGACGAACAUUGCAAUUAAAAUAUUGUUGCAAUUGAAUUAACUAAAUAACUAAUUGUAAAAAAAAAUAUAUAGGGGGAAAAGACGGAGAACGAUUUCGCGCCAAUGUAAAAUACGAAUCGAUCGUCGGGGCGGGCAAAAACUCGCCUAUAAAGGACUCUAUAACAAAAUAAAUAAUGAUGAACAAUAGCACUGGCAAGUGUUAUAUAAGAAAUAAACAAAUGAAUAUUGUAAAAUAA